ACACCAACCCAACUCCUCUCUGCAGUCUGCCGGCAGCCUCAGCUCCAUCGCUGCUAAGAUGAAGACUCUGAUCGCUCUCACUGCUCUGGUGCUGAUCGUUGCUGUUAAUGCUCAGUAUGUUCCCAUUAAAACUGAAUGCUGUGAGAAAUACUACCAAAACUCAAUACCCGCCCAUACGGUGAAGUCCUCUGUCCUAGCCUUUGCUAGAUGUCGCCUGAACGCUUAUGUGUUCACAACUCCGAAUGGCAAGUACUGUGUGAACCCAAAAUAUAAAUGGGUGCAGGAGAUUCACGCCAAGCUGAAGACCCAAAGAGGAAAUAGACCCAGAAGGCCAUAAUGUGAAGGACAUCAAUUCUCCGACUGAUCAUCAAUUGUGAUUGAACUGUGAGCUGUGAUGAAACUGUGUGCUCCCUGGUGCUGCUGUUGCACUCAUAAAAAUAAAAUUUCAUUUAUCAUUAACAUGA